GAAUGCUCGCUGGCGGGGCCACCGUGCCUCGCUGAGAGCUCCAACGCGCUCGAGUCUGCACUCUGGAGGACGUCACCGGCUCGUGCUAAUCGCUUGAGCUCCUAGCUCUGGAUAGCCAGUAUUCUGCCAUGUCAGUCCGGUUGUGAGGGAGUCGCAGAAGCGAUGGCUCAGCAAUUUCAGAAGGGCGGGUUUCCGUGGCUUCCGACCUCGGUACCAGCGCCAGAGUACUACAACUCGUUCAAAUACAACAUUCUCGACUUCCUGAGGCAGUAUGGGCAGCUCGUGCCGCUUCAACUGGAGCCUUGCAGCACGCGCGUGUGGCUGGUCCCGCUGAGGCAUAAGACUGUGAGCGGGCCAGUGAAGCUGCACGUCUACGAGGAGCACAUCGAUGAGGACUCGGGGGCGCCUCCCACCUGCGACCAGUGUCGUAACAUGGGCUGGCAGCACCACCCGGUGUCUAACCGGCGCUACCACUUUAUCCUGCCGAGCCCUGCGGUGCUUGCGGACCCGGACCAGCUGCCGGCGGUGGUGGAGGCGGCGGCAGCAGGCAAGCUGGACCCAUCUCGCGGCCCGCUGAAGCUGUGCAUGGAGGUGAACGCGGGCGCGGCUGCUGCGGCGGCUGCUGCGGCCUCGCCGGGCAAAGAGAAAGGCGAGGGCGGCGAGGGCGGGGGCGAGGGCGAGGCGGAUGACGAGGGCGAGCCCACCUCCAUCUUCGACUCCAGCACGCACUGCCUGCAUGGUGUCAUCCACUGCAAUGGCUUCGGGCACCUGCUGCGAAUGAACGGCCGCGAUGGCGAGGCGGCAACGGCGGCCGCCAUGGCGGCGGCAGCGACGAGCGAUGGGAACGAGUCCUCGGCCGCCGCCGUAACCGCGGCCGCCGCGGCUGCCGCCGCCGCCGCGAACGUGAACACGCUAGCGGGUCCGGAGUUGAUGGGGCUGUGGGACAAGCUGUGCUCAACGCUGCGGGCUCGCGAGGUGAGCGUGGAGGACGUGAGCAACAAGGCGUCAAUGCUGCUGCGGCUACUGUACAGCGCCGCGCACAUGUGCACCUGGUACGGCAAGUGGGGGUACGGCUUCGGGCGGGCGGCGUUCAACUACGGCGCGGAGGAGUACGAGGCGGCGGUGAAGGCCAUCCAUGCGGCGCCGCUGUCGGCGCUCGUCAAGGACAUGGAGGGCGUGGACCCAGUGGCGAUCAAAAUCCUGCGGACCUACGCGCAGCUGCCACCCGCCAUGCCCGCCGAGGCCACACUGGGGCAGCUGCUGCAGCGCAUCCUGUUCUUUGUGUCCAGACCAGAGCUGCUCAAGGAGGUCCGAUCGCAGCACAUCGCGACGCUGAAAGCUGCUUCCGCAGCGAAGUACCUGGGCUCUGGCGCCAACACACCCGCACGCGCGGGCGCCAGCCCAGCGCCGCCGAGCUUGCCGGCGUACGAAGCGUUUGAGGCGCGGGCGGCCGCAGGCGGGUCCGGCGAGGUGCUGGCACUGGCCGCGCCUGGGCCCACGGAGAAUGGGAGCCAUACAGGCGGCAGCAUAGCAGCGACGAGUGGCGCUGUUGAGACGGGCGAGGAUGGAAGCGGCGGGACCAGCGCCGGCGGUGCGGGCCCGAUGGCGGUAGAGGAUGCGGCCGCCAAUGCAGCGUGUGCUGCGGGGGCAUCGGCUUCGGCGGUGGGAGCACAGCGCGGAGCACCCGGGGGCGCCACGGGCAGCAAGAAGGCCCUGACGGGUGGGGCGUUGCCGCCGGCUAAGCGUGGGCGCGUGGAAACACGGGUGCCUUGCGCUGAUGCGGAGACCGGCGGCGCUGCCACAAGCGCAGCUGCAGCGCCUGCACCUGCACCUGCACAGGCCCCACCACCCGCAGCGGCUCUUCCACAGGCUGCGCCUGCACCGGCCGUGUCCGCGGCUGCACAAGGAGCCGUGGCACCCUCCCCACAGCCGCCGGCUGGGCCGUUUGCGGCCUCUAUGCCGGCGCCGCGGCCACCCAGCGUGCCGGGUAUGCCCGGCUAUGGCGUGGCUCCGGCAACUGUCCCGGGCAUGUACAACGCCACCGCAGCUGGGGUGCGGCCCAACAUCGCCCUCACGGCCGCGUUCACAGCGGCGCUAAGCGCGGCCGCGAAUGCCUACCCAGGCCUGCGGCCGCCGCAGGCGGCGACGCUGGCUGCCUCGGCAGCGGCCGCGAUGGCCGCGGGGGCAGCGGCGGGGAGCGCGGCGACGCCAGCUGUGCCGGCGCCUGUGUCGCCUGCGGCUGCGACCGCGGCAUGGGCGGCGGCGCUGGGCAAGUUUGGCGCCGCAGCAGGUGCAGUGCCCGGAGCGUCGGCACAGGCAGCAGCCGGCGGCGCCGCAGCUGCUUCAACACCAGCUGCAGCACCCGCGCCAGUGUACGUGUACCCCAGCACCAUCGUGCCAGUGGCGGGGCAGGCAUCGUCGCCAACAGCGGCGGUGGCAGCACCAGCAGCGCCGGCCGCCGCAGCACCUGCAUCCACUCCCGUUGGCAGUGCACCGGCUGCGGUUCCAGGUAUCACGCCGCCAGCGGUGACGCCGCCUGUGAUGACCCCGGCAUUGGCGCUCCCGCCCGCGGCCAUUGCGGCGGCGGCAGCCGCUGCAGCGCGCGCAGCGCUCGCUGCGGCGGCGGCAGCCACGGGCGGCAUUCCGCCGGGCUUUAACAUUACCAGUAUGUUCACGCCGCAGAUGUUCCAGCCGCUCACUGCCCUGGCGGCGACCUCGCCCGCGCUCCAGUCCCAGCUGCAGCCCGCGCAGGCAGCGGCGCCGGGCCACGUGUCUCCCAUGCAGACCUCGCCUGCGACUGGAAGCGUGUCUCCGCCGAUCGCAGGCACGCCCCAGCCUGGCUUUGCACCGGGUGCAGCAGCGGCACAGGCGACAGCACCAGUGGGGGUAGGCGGCACUGCAGCCGCUGCUGCUGCUCCGGCCACCUUCCCGGCCGCAGCCACGCCUCAAGGCGGAUUCAUGCCCACGCCAGGCGCCUGGCCGACUCCUCCUGUGGCACCCUUCCAGGCGCCUGCAUUCCCACAGCCAGGGUGCGUGCCACAGCCGACAACAGCAGCGGCAGCGGUUCCGGGGACGGGCGGCUUCACUCCGGGGCUACCCUGGCCAGGUGCGGGGACAGCGGCACCCGUGCAGCCCCAGCCACAGACUGCUGGACAAGCGGCUGCCGCCGCGGCGAUAGCCGCUGCAGCCGUGGCCUCGGCAGCAGCCGCAGCCGCAGCUGCUACAGGUUGCUCUGGAAACGUCCCGCCUGCAAGCACGGUACCGGCAGCGAUGCCCACGCCCCAGCCACAGGCUGCGCCCGCAUUCGCAUUCCCACAGCCGCCACAGCCGCAGUACCCCGCGGGGUUUGUCCCCACGUCGUCAACUGUCGCGCGGCCUUCUGGGCUUCAGGGCGGCGUACCCGUUCCGGCCGUUGUGCCCAACGCGGCUCCGCAGCUGGCGCCCAGGCCCGCUGGCAUGUACACUCCACCCAUACCUGUGCCAGGGGCAGCUCCGUCCAUGCAUGCAGGCUUCGGGGCGUAUCCCUGGGCGCUGCUGAACGGCGUGCCGCAGGUGGCGUCUCAGCAGUAUGCCGCAAACGCAGCAGCUGCUGGCACAGCUGCGGCGACCAUGCCGGGCGCGGCUUCCGGCGCGGCUAAUGCCACCGCUGCCGCUACGGCUGCGGCGGCGUGUGCGGCUUAUGCGGCGGCGCCGGGCGCUUCACUGCCACCAGGCGUACCUGGCUGGCCGCAGGUAGCAGGGGCGCCCGGCCUGACCGCGCCUGUCUCCGCCCCGGCUGCUUCGCCUGCAGUGGCCGCCGCGCCCGCGCAGACGGGACAGCCUACGGCAGCUCAGCAGCAGCUCGCGGACUCGGUGGUGCCAGCGGCAGCUGUGAUUGCGAACGCCGCUGUUACGACUGCAGUUACCGAGGCAGCAGCCGGGCACGGCGUGCCGUGUGCUGGGGUGGCCUCAACAGCGGGGCCGCCAUUAGAGCUACCAGUGCAGGCACCUCCGGAUGUGUCCGUGGCGGCGCCCGCGGCUGUAAGCGGAGUGGUUGCGGCUGAGGCCGCUGACACAGCCAUGGUGGAGGCGGCAGCAGUGGUGGCUACAGAGGCGGAGGCUUCGGGCAGCGCAGCUGCUCCAAUGUCUGAAAGUGCCGAGGCCGGUGCUGGCACGGCUUCGAUUGCACUGGCAGGCGCUGCGGCAGAUGCGGCUAUGGCGGAGGCGACACCGGGGCCGGCGGAGGCGUCAGACGCAGCGCUGCUCACAGACGGGACUUGUGGGCUGGAACACAGCACGGCGGGCUCCUUGCAGGCUGCCGCAGUGCCGCAUUCAGCGCCCCUCACGUCGGAGCUGGCGGCAGGCGCAGCAGCGGAGACGGCGGGGCCGUCGGCAGCCCCGGUGGGCGCCCCCGGCGCCCCCGACCCAGCCGCGCUGGCAGCACCAGACGUCGCCAUGACUCCGCCGCCGGUGGUGGACGGGUCGGCAGGAGGAAUGGAGGUGGACGCGCCAGCGGCCACCGCACCGGCUGUAGGGCCGGGUGGGCUGCCCGCGGACGGCAUGGCUCCAGAGGCGGUGCUCGUGCCGGCCCUGGGGUCAGACGCAGCGCAGUCGUCAGCUGUGGCCACCAUGGAUGCCAGUGCCAGCGCGCCGGCGCCCUCGACGGAUGAAGCCGGCCUUGUGGCCGGUGAAGGCGUGGAUGCGGCCGCUGAGAGCGCGGCCGCUGCCACCGACCCAGGCGGCGGCGCCGAGUCUAUGGCUGCAGAGUCUGGAGUGGCCGGGCCAGGGCUGAGCAGCGCAGGCGCCCAGGAUGUGGAUGCAGAAGCGGCUGUGGAGGCCAUACCAGCCGCUACUGAUGCCGGAGAGGGGAUUGCGGUGGAGGCGGCCAUUGCUGACGAGGCUGGCGGCAUCACUGCCGCGCCCGGCACAGGCGCGGUGCAGCCGGCGCCCAUGGAUGUCUCGCCCGCGGCCUCCGGGCGUUCUCCUGAUGCCGCAGCUGAGGCAGCCGAUGGGCCAGGCGGAGAGGCAAUGGAGGUCGAGCAAGCAACAGCGGCGCCCGCUGAAGCGCAGAGCGUGGCAGUGGCACCAGAAGUGGCUGGCUCCGCCCCGCCGGUGGAUGUGCACAUGUCCGGCAGUCAGUUAACUGCCGGUGGCGCAGUCACAGCUGAGGUGGAGGCGGCAAGUGCAGACGGAGUUCCAGCCCAGGACCCUGUUGCCAGAGAAGCGGCAGCAACGGCGGCAGAUCAGACGCCUGCAGCCGGCAGUGCGGAGGACGGGCAGGUGUGUGACGAGCUAGGCAGUGCGUCGCAGGGCGCAGCGGCGCAACCCCAGCAGCAUGAACCGGCGCCACAGAAUGCGUCGCCGACGACUGGCGUGGAUGCCGAAGCCGGUGCCGCUGUGGUGUCCGCCCAGGCUGCGACGGCAGCAGCCGCUGCGGACAGCGAAGACGCCGUGCCACAGGCAAAGACCGCAGGUGCUGGCGCGUCUGCCGACGCUGGAGAAGCUGACGAAGGCGAUGAGGCGCCUGUGCCUCAGGCCGCAGAGGACUGCCAGCAAGCCGACGGGACACCGGCUCCGGUGGCCCGCCAUGCAGCUUCCGGGGCAGUCAACGGCGAUGCUGACGCGCCGUGGUCAGCUGAUGGUGACGGCAAGCGGCGGCGCUCUAGCAGCCUGCUGCAAUGCGGCGCCCACAUCGGCCCGGCGCCGGAUGACCUGCCCAAGGAGGUGACACCGGAGGAGCUGACAGACCUCAAGGCUGUGGUAGAGCUGGACAUGAGCGUGCGGGACUGCCAGAGGGCCGUGGACGCCAUGCUCGCCGCGCUAAAGUCUCAUUGCGACAACAAGUGGCUGGCGCGGCUGCAGCUGCGUGACGUGAUGAUGGACUACUACCGCGACUUCAAACUGCUGGACUGGGUGCUCAAGCAGGUGGCCAACGUGCGCAUCAGCGGCUACGCAAUCUACCGCUCCCGGUACAACGUCACGCGGUCCUACUACUACAGGCUGGAGCGGCUGCCCGGCACCGCAGCGGACGCCUCGCUCGAGUACACAGUGCCGGUGCCGCCCCACGGCCCCUUCGCCAGGAAGGUCGGCCGAAGCGGCCACCGUAAGCCACAGUCGGCGGCAUCGCGCGCCGCGGCCGCUGCCCGCGCACUCAAGGCGAACGGGGUGUUGAAGGGGGCUGCAGGCGCAGGCAGGAAGCAGGAAGACAAGGAGGCCGACGGUGACGAGGAGCGACGGCAGAGCGGCGCUGCGGCUGGGCCCAGCGAUGCGCAUCCAGUGCAAAGUGGCGCAGCCGCGGCGGCGGGCCGGGGCGGAGCCAAGGCAGCUGUGCAGGCCGCUGCCGCGCGCAAGACAGCUGCACCUGGCUCGGCGGCGGUAGGAGGCCCAGCGGGCCACGCCGGGGCACUGGCACGGUCGCCUGUGCAGCUUCGGAGUAAGGCAGGAGGCACCGGGACGGCAAAGGCUGCAGCGGCGAAGGCUGCUAUUGCCAAGGCUACCAACCGCGUGGCGCUCGCCACUGGUGCCAACAGCCGAGCAUCCGCGGGCGCCAGCCCUGCCACCCAGGCUGCUGCAGCGGCUGCGGCGCCCUCCACACCUGCGACUGGCGCUGGGGCCGGCUCGCACCCGAAUGCGGAGGCGGGCUCGAAGCCUAACGGCCAGGGGCAGGGAAGCGCCCAGCAGCACUCACAACAGCAACAGCAGCACACGCACACGCAGCAGUCGUCAGGUGCACGGCCGUCAGCGCUGCCGGCCUGGCGAGGCAUGGCCCGAGAGCACCAGUCCGAGGGCCAGGCCCUGCUCGAGACGCUGCUGGAGUCGCGGAUAGAGCAGCAGACGGCUGGGGGCAGCGAGCGUGGUGCUGGCGGCGGUGCUGGCGGCGGCGGCGGUGCGACGCGCGUGCCGCGAGAGCUGCGCUACCUCAUGAGCCAGUCGACUCUGUCCAAGCUGAAGAAGCAGGAGCAGAAGCAGCACCACCACACGCCCAAAAGCCAGCCGGCGGUGAAGGCAGAACCUGAUGCCUCGGGGGCUGCCGGCCCGCAGCACAGUAACGCGGAGCAGGCAGCUGGGCAGGCGAAUGGGACAGAGGCAGCAGGUGCGGCCUCUGCGGCGCCGCCUGCUUCAGAUGUAGCAGCACCAAAUGCGGCCGCGGACGGUGCUGUGACGGCGGCCGGCCUUCAACCACUCAAGCACGACCCUGACACUGACGCGGUACCUCCGGUAUAUGCCGCCAUCAUGGCCACGGGGAGAGGCAAGCGCACCUCCGGCACUGGGGAGGACACCGGCGGCGCGGCAGCGCCUGGCAAGCGGGCUUCGGGCACUGGCGACGCAGCCGCAGCCGGGGCACCCAAAGCGAGCAAGCGGACCUCGAGGACGGGAGAGGGCGCGGCAGGCAAGCGGACCUCCGGCACAGGCUAUGGGGCGGCCGCUACGGAUGAGGCGGCAGUCACGGCGCCUGCUGCAUCUGAGGAAGCAGUGCAGUUCGUUGACGCAACCGCGCCGGCGCAGGCUUCGGCUGCCGAGCCCGUCGUUGAGCCUCAACGGGAGCAACACGUUCUGGCACCGGCUCCUCCACCCUCGGACGCAACCGCCGCAGAGGCACCAGCCGGAAUGGUUGGUCACGUCGCAGAGCCCCCGGUGUCUUCUUCGGGCGCAACGGCUGCGGAUGCACGACCAGCGUGUGCAGGUGUGGCCGCAAUGCAGGCGCUGCCCAGCAGCACAGACGGGCCUGCGCCCUCCGGGGACGCGGCUACUGGGGCAGAGAAGUCGGAGGAAGCGAAGCCGGCGGAGCUGAAGGCGGAGGAUGCCGUGGUGAAGCUGGAGGUGUCCAAGCCGGUGAACACGCCGCCUCGGCCGCCCGUGGGCGGCCGCAAGCGCCUCGUGGGAGCUGCGGCGGCUGCAGCCGCACGAGCUGCGGCCAAGCGCGCGGCCGCGGCCGAGGCUGCUGCCGCCGUGGCGGCAACAGGCGCCGCUGAAGCUGUGGGCGGCGCUGGCGGCGCCGAGCCUGGAGCUGUGGAACUAAAGGCGGAGCCUGCUGUGAAGCCAGAGGCAGUCCAGACGCUGAAGCAUGAGCCGGGGCCGGUGCCGAGCUCUGCCACUGCCGCUGCGGCUGCGGCUGCGGCGGGGCCAGCACAGGAGCCGAAGCAGCACCCGCCUCAGCCGCCUUCCGGGGACGACAGCACGGCGCAUCCGGGGACGGCGGCGCUGUCGGGCGGGCACCGACCACAGCGCGCGCGCGUAGCCUCCAAGCUUGCAAUUCAAAUGGCGGAGACGGAGACUGCUGUCACGCGUAAGAAGCGGCCACAGCAGCGGCCAGGCGGUUCCACUGGCUCAAAGGAGGGAUCUCGAGAGCCGCAGACGCAGCCAGAAGAGCAGCAGCCGGGGCAGGCGCCGCCCACGGCUCCACAGGCGGCUGCAGCUGCAGCUCCACAGUCCCUUCCCCACCCGCGGCAUCGUCACGCGGCGGCAACGGCGACGGCAGCGGCAGCUGGAGCGAAGGAGGACCCGCUGAAGUGCCCGCUGGGGUUCGCGGUACGGCGGGGGCCGCGCUCCGCGCGCAAGGGCCCGCGGCCGUCCGCAGGCUCCGUGCCGCUUGCAGCCGCGCGCAUGCUGGCGGCGGUGCUGGCGGGCGCAGGGCCUCGGCCUGCCGGCCACGCUGGCGGCCCCAAGGCGGCAGUCAAGGUCCGCUCAAAGAGCCCAGCCGUAGGCACCACCACAGGUACCACGGGCUCAGGAGGGGCCGCGCGGCCGGGGUCGGGCCAGCGUGGGGAGUCAGCCCUGGCGAUGCGGCGCGCCGCACCGAGCAGCUGCGUCAGCGGAGGUACGGUGCAGUCGCCAGCUAAGAGCGGGCCGGAGGGGGCAGCCGCGGCUGCAGGAGGUGCGAACGCUGCUGCCAUGUCUCCGAUCGGCAAGUCGCCGCUCAAGUCGCCGAUGCCUCGCAGCCAUAGUGGGGCAGGCGGGCUACGGGGCGCAGCCGCCGCAAGUGUGGCCGCCGCAGCUGCCCGCCGCGCAGCCGCGGCGGCGGCUGCAAAGGCAGCCAAGGGCUCAGGGCCCACCGGCGAUGGAGCCGCACCCGCCGAGGGCUCAGGCGCAGCAGGGCAUCCCGUCGGUGUGGGGUACCCGCAGCAGCAGCCGCUGCAGCUGGACCGCGCAGACACGGGCGCCAGCAACUUGACUGCGGCCUCGCCCAUGUCCCCCAUGACGGCAUCGCACGGCGCCACCGCGGACGGGGGUGCGACUGCGGACGGCAUGGACGCGGCGCGCGGCGGCUGCACGCGCAUCCGCCUUGGCAAGGUGGCGCACCCCGCUGCCCUGACGUCACCGCUUGGACGCAACCUGCCGGCUCCGGUGCUGCCUCCCACGACCACGGACGCCGCUGCUGCCGCCGCGGCCGGAAGUGCGGUGGCCGCGGGGCCCAGCGCCUUCCGGCACGGCGCUGCCGCCAAUAGGACGCCAGCCGCAGCCGGUCAGGGUGGCGCAUUGUCCGGCUUGAAGCGGAAGCCGCCGGCUUCGUCGUCCCGCUCUCAGGCAUCAUACGGCUCGCCAGGCGGCAUCGGCAGGGCGGGUGGCAGCCCGGGCACGUUGCAAAAUGGCAAGCGACAAAAAGUGGGCAUGCACACGCCCGUUCACCGCCCGGGGACCACUGCCAGCACAGGCGCGGCGGGCGCGGCGGGCGCUGUGGGCACGGUGACCAAGGACACGCCAGCGAGCCACCGUGGCGCCCCGCGUGGCUCCCGGGCACUCAGCAUGCUAGGCACGCCAGUGGACACGGGGCCUCUGCCACGCCGCGCCGCGGCCGUGGCUGCGUCAGCAGCAGUGGCCGCAGCCGCAGCGGCAGCGGCAACUGGCACCGACUUUGGGGCAGCAUACCCCAGCUCCACCAUUCGGAAAGCCCGUGUUCCGCAAGGCUCCACGGCCAAGCCACCCAAGGGGCCCAAGGCGCUCGCCCGCAAGUCCGCGCCGCCCGCUAUGGACGCCGACGGUGCCCUGACCGCUGCCAGCAUUGCAGCGAUGCAGGCUCUUGCCACGCUGCCCCAGCGCUAUCCGCCGGUGCCCAGCCCGCCACCCGGGGGCUGGAGGUUGGUGCCGUCGCCAGGGGCCAGUGCAAGUGCCGACAUAGCCUCAGUGCUGGGCGCUACUGCCAAAGAGCGGGAGCCAUUUGACCUGUUGCUGCGGGAGCUGCCCCUGAGCUAUGUACACAAGGUGCUGCACGGCGGCGGCUCCGCUUCUAUGCCGUCGGUGACAGACGCGGCUGGCGGGGGCGACGCAGGGCCCAUGGUGGCAAUGCCGCGCGGCGGCGCGAAGCGUGGCCGACCAGGCAGCUUCGCAGCCAUCGCCAUCGCAGCGGCCACCGGCACCAACAACAGCAGCACGCCUGGUACGGCAUUUGACCCCGAGCCGCCGGCGCCCACCAACCCCUACGUCGUGCCCGGCAAGGCGCACCACAACUCCUCGCUGACGUACAUCAACGACCAGACGCAGUGUGACCUGCAGUACCUGUACUGCGCCGUACUGCGGCUGUACAAGCCCAGCAUGCACCUGGCGGCGGCGCUGCUGAACAAGCGCGCGCUGACGUCAGCGCCCAGGCCUUUGAGCCUGUCAUACAUGGCGGCUGCCGUACAGAUGCUGAAGGACACCAAGUACUUCGUCAAGGACUACGGCGGCGCCUCCGCCGCCACGCUGGCAGCUGCUACAGCCGCUGACGGCCGGCUGCGUGUGCUGGUGUCGCUACAGCUCGACGACGAGCAGGUUGCAGAGGAGGAGAAACAGACGCAGCAGCAGCGCACGGGCCGCGCGCGGGGCGACCGCUCUGCGGCCGCGGCGGCCGCGGCGCAGGCGGCAUCGGUCGCGGCGACGGCGGCGCACUCGCCAGCGCCGCGGGUACCCCGGCAGCUUGACACGGCGCCGCCAGAGGUGGUCAUAGUGACGGCCAGCGAGGGCAGCGGCGGUGUGGUGACAGUUGGCGACUUAAAGCGGGCUGCGGCUGCGGCGCUUGCGGACACGUACCGCAUGUGCUGCUCACGGAGUACAGGCGGCGGCGGCGGCGCGGGCGGUGACAGCGCGGCCUGCAGCGGCGUGUCCAUCACGCGCAUCGUGGCGGGCGUGGAUGAACAGGCACUUGCUGCCGGUGACGAAGCGCCGCUGGUCCUCCUGCCGCCGCCCGCCACAGCCGCCGCCCCAGCAGCGGCUGCCGGGGCCCAGGCACCCGGGGCUGCAGGCGCCGGUGGCUCCACAGUGGUUGUGGUGCGCUGCAGCGGCCUGGACCUGGACACGCGGUGGCGCCACACGGGCGGGCCGGAGGAGUGGCGCGUGGCCUGCCUGUGCGGUACGCAGGACGACGACGGCGAACGCAUGAUUGCCUGCGAUGUGUGCGGCGUGUGGUCUCACACGCGCUGCAACGACAUCGCUGACGAGCUGGACGAGCCGCCCGCCUUCGUGUGCCGCGAGUGCGCCGCCAGCAAGCCCGUGGCGGGGGGCGGGGGCGGUGGAAAGGGGGCCAAGGGCCUAAAGAGCAUUAAGGCACCUAAGUAAUUGACCGUGUGGUUUGCGAAUGCAUCGUACUUGACAUGUUUGUGAGGCGAGGUUGGUGUUGCAUUGGGCGCUAAGCCAUGGGUCAAGAGCGAGGAGAAGGGCAACGUGGCCUGGCGGACGCGACGGCUACUUUGGCUAUCUUGACGAGGGCGUGUGGAAAGCCAUGACAACUAAUGAGAACAGUAUGCGAGGAUAGGACUUCAGGGUUUUCAGAUUUGUAUCGGUGGCAGUUAGGAGACGUAAAUUCCCGUUUGCGGUGCCCGUGCUGGCACACGCCUCCAGCGGCCCCCAACUGCUACAGGGUACCGAUGCAUGGCGGAUCAAGCGUGUGCUGGUGUUGCUCGUGCUGCGUAUGGCGUGAUGAGGCAGCAGUUCCUGACUACUUCGCAUGAGUAUCAAUCGAAAUGUGAUUUGUGGUGCUCGAGGAUUAGUGCCACCGGCCAGCCUGGCCCGUUUAAGGAAUUUUAGGCGCCGCGUGCCUGCCUUGCUCCUCGAACUCUCGUGUUGCGUUGCUCCCCCUCGCCACCUGGGCUUUGUGUGUCUCGUGCCGUGUCGGGGUCGCGCCGCCCACUCCGGCCGGGUAGCCGUGCAGCUGCAGCGCGGCGUCCAUGACCCCGACAACGCCGUCGUGUUGUUCCAGCAUGUCCCAUUUCAGGUUACACAGUCAGUUAGGUCCCCAGUGCGCCCGGGGCGAAGCGGGGCUGGAUGUUCUAUCGCAAGUGAGUCCACGGUAUUAUGGAUGGCUUUUGC